UGGCCCAAGCGGAGAGAAUCUCGAGUCGUUCGGCAUCGGAAUCGGAAUCGACCUGUCGAGGAUUUUGGCUUCUGGUUCUGUUUUUUGGCUCUGUUCUGGGCGCUGAGCAGCCAAAAUCGCCGAGCAGAGCGCAGAAAUCGCAGAGAUCGAGUGGCAAAAGCGCUGCCACAUAGCGGGGGCCCCCAGAACGCAGGAAUACAAUGAAAUAUGGCCGAGGGCGAGAUGUGAUGUGAUGUGAAAAUGUGAAAAUGCCAGUCCAGCACCUUGGAGUGACCACGAAAACUGCACUUUCCCCUUAAUCGCUGCCCCCAAUAGAAACAAGAAAACAAGAAAAUCCAAGCCAAUUCAAAACCAAAAGCGAAGAAAAUCAAAUCGAAGCACAAGCAAAACAAUUUCGGGUCGAAAGAAAACGAGAAACAUAUACAAAUAUACACAUUUCGAAUCCAAUUCUAGUGGCAAAAAUUCGUAUGUACUCGUCGUCGUUGCUCCUCAGGCCACACAUACAUACAUAGCAGCGCGGCCCCCUUUUCCCGCCCACCCAAAACGCCACCCGAAAUCCUCAAAAGAAAAUACGCGUGAGUGUGCUCGAGUUUGAGUGAAAAUAUGAACGGCAGCAGCGUUGGCGAGACCAUAAAGCCGAAAAACAGCAGAAAGUAUAGUAACAACACUACACUAGGUAGCUAGACCAGGGCGAAUGGUCAAAACAGAGGAGCGGAGGAGCGGAGGAGCAGCUGACCUGUGACAAGUGCAAUCGCAGUCGCUUCGGGUUACCAGUGCAGCUAGCAUUGGCUGCUACAUGUUGCAGCUGUUGCAGCCACACCAGCACACCGAGUGGGCAAAUCACGCAUACGCCCCAUGCGCCCCGAGCCAAGCCAAGCUGCGUGCCCGUGCGCUGGUGCCGUGUGUGUCGGUGUAAUGACUGGCCCAGGAAAUAAAUAAAGGCCGCCACAGCUCCAGCUGCUCGUACAUUUCGUAACGCAACGCAACGCAACGCCUGGGAAAUGUGCCCCUUGGUGCACGGCGCCCGUUCAGUGGCACCGCCAGAUUUUCGCCCCGCCAAUCCCACUCGCAGGACUAUGUAAGCCCCCGGGGCGCCAGCACCUCGCCCAAAAGGCCAGCGCACAAAUCAGGCACCAGGCGAACCCGCUAUAAGGACAACUGCCCGACUAUAGCCGAAAAAUCGAAAGGAAUUUCUGGCAUUUCUGGGCCUUGUGAAAGCGCUGAGAGGAAAAAACAUAAAAUACAGUGAGGUAAAACAAGAGAGAGAGGGAAGAGCGCCCCAGAGAGAGAGAGAGUGUGGGAACUUUCGAUAAAAAAUUAUUAGCAAAAACAUAAAUACGUAACGGCCUCGUUCUCCCGUGCCUUAGUUUUACGCCCCCUCCCCACCGCCCAGCCGAAGGAGAUCCCAGAGAAGCAAGAGCAAGAGCAAGAGAGGCCGCACCGAAGCGAGGCGGGGAGGAGAAGAGAGCGCCGGAGCGAGCGGGUGAGUGGGUAGGUCAGUGGCAGUGGGCGGUCCGCCAGCUGGGGCAGCACCACCGCCCCAUCACCACCCAACACCACCCAGAACCACCUCCAUCGCCACUUCCUGCUCCAUCAGCGCCGCCCGCGUCAACCUCAACUUUCAAAGGGCAGGUAGCGGCAUGUCCUGCACCGUUUCGGAGCUGCCCAGUGGCUGUCGAUUGCGCGGCAUGACUGCAUCCUCACAGCAAAGUGCCGCCAACAAUAGUGGCAACAAUGGGAAUGGCAACGGCAACGGCAACGGGAACGGGGGAGGCGGCAGCGGAGGAGGCGUCGGCGGAGGCAGCCUGGGCGGAGUGUCGCCCACCGUGGGCGGCAGCGUGGGAGUCGGCUCCACGGCCAACGUGCUGCAGGAGUCGAACGUGGCCACGUUGCAGCGACCGCAGUCGCAGAAGCCGUGCUGCUUCUGCUGGUGCUGCUGCUGCUCCUGCUCCUGGGCCAAAUGCCUGGCCAUCAAGAAUGCCGAUGAAAAUGCCCCCACGAAGCGAGAUCUUGUAAAUGCCGAAUUUCUGGAUGGCGAACAACCCACACUGGAGGAAAUCCGCAGCUGGGGCAAGAGCUUUGACAAGCUGAUGAAGAGCACAGCUGGUCGAAAGGUGUUCCAGAACUUCCUGCGCAGCGAAUUCAGCGAGGAGAACAUCCUGUUCUGGCUGGCCUGCGAGGACCUCAAGAAGGAGAGCAGCCCGGAGCUGGUGGAGGAGAAGGCGCGCCUCAUCUACGAGGACUACAUCUCGAUCCUGUCGCCCAGGGAGGUGUCGCUGGACUCGCGGGUCCGCGAGAUCGUCAACCGGAACAUGAUCGAGCCCACGACGCACACCUUCGACGAAGCUCAAAUCCAGAUCUACACACUGAUGCACAGAGACUCAUAUCCGAGAUUCCUAAACUCGCAAAAGUUCAAGACACUCGCUCAACUGCAAGACAACUCGAAUGCCGGUUCCAAGGCGGAUAGUCCCACCUAGAGAGGAUCGAUUGCCCGGAGCUCCGGAUCGGAUUUGGAUCGUAUUCAGUUGCGCUGUGUUGACUUCCGUUGCCGCUCCAUUGGCACUUCUCUGGUACUUUCCGCCCCCGCCGCUGCUGCAAUCGACUAAGCAAUAUGUACCCAUUAGUAGAACCAUUUAAACGUUUGCCCGCAGCCCCAGAAAAUCCGGAUCCUUGGAGGGCGGGGGCGCCAGACGGUGUGCACUCUACGCGAAACGGAUUCCUUCGCUCUCUACCUACGUUCUAGUCGUUAACUAACCAAAGAGUUAGGCACUACCAAAAUUGUUUACACUAAGGAGCUGGUUCGACCACAGAAAGCAUUUUCCAAACCAAACAAAAUAGCCAGACAGCUAAUACGAAACGAGCGACACAAAUAGCAUAUAUUGUAAUACUAGUGAUCUAAGAGACGUAUUAAUCAAAUUGCAACAAAGAUUACGGAACCCGCUAACCGAUAAGUUAACUAUAACUUUAAACGUAAUCAUAAACCGCUACGUAACAGAAAUACUUUUUCCAAAAAAAUAACAAAAAAAAGUGAAGAAACAAAACCAAAAUCUUUUUAAACGUAUUACAUACAUAACUUUAUAAAAUUAUAUACACACCAGCAUAUAUGUACGGAUAUAUAGAGACAUUUAACUCGACUAGUUUUGAAAUCGUUUUAGGUCAUACGAGUAAUGACAUCGAAGCAUUUUGUAAAUACAACAGCAGACGGCAACACUUUCUACUUUCUUAUGAAACCCCAUUGAGGAUCGAUUCCUUUCCCAAGCGAAUCUUAUAAAGCCCAUCUUGAGCUGUACCUUGAGCCAGACCAGAACAGACCAUAUGCCCCAUAAAGUCUUAUCCGAAACAGAAAUCGAAACCUCAACCGGAACCGGAACCGGAACCGGAAGAAACGCAUAGCUAACGUGUACCAUAUUAUUUCGAUGUCGAGCUGAUUUCCAAGUCGAAAGAAGAACGUUUCGCAAUAUCACUGCCAACAAAAAAAAAUCAGAACUUCGCCGGAGAUAUAUAUCCCCUUAUAAUGUAUUAUGCGAUUGUUUUCCUAGAGAAUCGGAAGUUCCAACAGUUCCCCCAAACACUAUACCCUUUCUGCAUUAAAAAUAUAUAUGGAAAAACAGUAUUAUAAAUAACAAAAAAAAGCGUGAAACACAAAAGUAUGGUUACAUUUAAAUUUUAGCAAGAAAGUUGUCGAAUUGAAAACUAAAAACAAAAAAAAAUAAAUAAAACAAGGAGUUUAUAAGUAUUAAAACGCAGAACAAGCAGGAGGACUUUCGGCUCGAGCCCUGGCAAAAAGUUAACAAUGUAAUUUCGAUCUUAAGUUGGUUUCCUUUAACCUUAGGUUGUCCGUGUUGGAGGCACAAUAUUUUAAAGUACAAGAUUCAUGUGUGUACCUUUGUUGCGGGGAGCAGGGAAAGUAUUUUCGUAGCUAGUUGGUGUGCCUAGUUUUAGUGCAUCUAUCGAUACCGAACCACACCCAUCUCACAGCACUCUUGAACAAGAACAGAAACGCAAACGCAAACACAAACAUUAACUCUACUAGCAUUUAAAUAAAAGUAUAUCUUCAACUUGAGUCCCUAAUCCAUUUUUGCUUAAACCAAAAAUCUAUAACCACUUAGAAUCGAAGCGAGAAGAAAAGUAUAGUAACCUCUAGAGAAUUUUGGAAACCCCCUCUACAUAAGUUCCUAUACUUUUACAACAGUUCUGACCCGUUUCAAGAUCCGACUUCCGAAUCCUUAAACACUCGACUUUACGCGUCACUCAGGCUGCUACUUGGAAUUGAGAACUCGACAACCGCUUUUGCAUUAUAAUAGAGGUCGAUGGAUCGGGGGGCCCAGAGAACCAACGUCAGUUUCCACGGUUUGUUACAUUAAUUUUAGGCAAUCAGGUUAGACACACGAUGUCCUGGCCAAAGGGACGCGCGGAGGGAGGGAAUGUUUGAUUGUGAAUGUUUCUCUUCGGUUUCUUACUUUGCAGAACGGACAGAUGAUAUAAGACUUUUUGAAAAAGAAAAACAAAACACAAAAUAUAUAAGUACAUUAAUACGAUUGUUGUUUGUUUAGUUUUACACACCGCCACACUCGCACACACAAAACACACGCACACACCGGUACAUGCAUAUAUAUACUACUUAGCGGUAUAUGUACAAAAACGUAAUCAAGCAUUAGUGAAAAGUUUCGACCAGUUGAAAACCAUAAAUUAAAUUUAUUACCAAAAAGAGUCACCUAAUGUGUAAACGCAAAAACGGCAAAAUCAAUAAAUACAAAGUGGAUUAAACUAAGCCUAAAUUUAGUUUUAAACAUUUAAUAUAUUGCAACAAUAAACCGAAAUGAAAUAAAACUCAAAUUCAAACUUGAA